AUGGUCGCUUUUGCCCGCGCUGCGCUCCCGUCGCAGCUAUCCGCCGUCGCCCGUCACCCCGUCUCGCUAUGCCGGCGCAUUCACUCGUCUCCCUUCCGAUCGGCUGUUGCACACCCAGUUACUGCUCAUGGCCCUCCUCCUAAAGCCCCUGCUGCUUCGUCAGAAUUUAAGGAAACUAAAGAUGCCGAGCCCUCCACUUCUGAAGGCGAAUCAUCUCGACCCAAACUCACCGAAGCGCUGAAGAAACGGUUCUGGAAAGAUGUUUAUGUGCAUAAAAAGCCAGACGAAUACCAAGUCCUGCUUGACAAGCGACCCGUGAGAACACCUACGAAAGAGGUGCUAUCUAUCCCUUCCACAAAGCCUCACCUCGCUCACGCCGUUGCCCUGGAGUGGGAUGUGAUGACCUCCGCCCAGCAGGCACUUAAGAGCCACCUUAUUCCCAUGACCUCCAUUGCAGCCCGCGCCACCGAUAUCGCACGCGAAGACGCCAAGGGCAUCGAUACCACCCGAAGCCAAAUUAUCACAACUGCCAUGCGCUAUCUCGAUACCGAUACGCUACUCUGCUGGGAGCCCGAGCGACCAGUCCAUCCUCUGGACCGCAGAGCGGAUGGCAAGCCCGUUGAGACUCUUCGCCAGAUCCAAACGAGAAUUGCGGGAGAUAUCAUGAGCUUCUUGUCCACAAAGGUCUGGCCUGGACUUGAGAUCAUUCCUAUCCUCGAUACCGAUAGUAUCCUUCCCCUUUCCCAGCCCAAGGGCACAAAGGAUAGUAUCGCCACCUGGGUUUCGGAGUUGUCCGCACAUGACUUGGCUGGCCUCGAGCGCGCAAUUCUGGCUUCUAAGAGUCUACUCAUCGCAGUCCGCUUGGUGGUGGAGUGGAGUGAGAACUUCCGCCACAUCCAGCGACCUGAGACGAAGAAGUUCGGCAUUGAGGAGGCGGCCGAGGCCUCGAGUCUAGAGGUCACCUGGCAGACCGAUAUGUGGGGUGAGGUUGAGGAUACCCACGAUGUGGGCAAGGAAGAUUUGAAGCGACAAUUGGGAAGCGUUGUGAUCCUGAUGUCUGACAGAGCUGAAGGGCAUAAACGCUCGCGAAGCGCAAUCGCACUUGCCCUCCUCCACCGCGACAAGUCCAAAGGCGAAGAUAAAGACCCUGAUGACAACGGAGACAUCAACUCGAUCGAGUCCGCCUCCGCCUCCUCAAAUGGUGGCUCGUUGAAACACACCCGCAGCAGCAGCCGCCACAGCCGUCGCAAACAAACCCAGGACCCGAGUCCACCUCCGGUUAUCCAAGAAUCCGCCGAGGAUUUGGACACGGUUGAAGACUUACCCUUAUUGACUCAGACGGAAGGUGGCAGCAUGUCACUCGAGCAGUCCGUUCGCACCUUUCGUCUCUUCGAGAGCCUUCGCAGCGGCGAUACCACCGCCAUCUCCAAGGCCAUCAAGGAUACCAAUGACCCGCAGGCUGUGAAUAGUCUCAAUGGUACGACCAUCCUUCAUCUGGCUCUACAAUGCGCCGAACCACAGGUCGUGGAAUAUGUGCUGUCCGCCGCGGAGGACCUUGAUAUCAACUCGCGGGAUCGGGAUGGGAACACGCCACUUCAUAUUGCCGCUCAGCUGGGCCGGGGUCCGCUUGUUCGUGAAUUGCUGAGCCGACCAUCGAUCAACGAUUCGAUUGUCAACUAUCGGGGCCAGACAGCCCUAGAUCUGGCCCGUAAUCCUGACAUCUUCCAGCAGCUUCAGCUUGCGCGGUCUCUCUUUAUCGACAGCAAGAACCAGGAAAUCCAGGCAUUGAUUGCAAGCUCCGAUUAUAAAAACCUGGAGGCCUUGCUGGAAGAGCCUCGAGCGGAGGGCAUAAUGGACGUGAACAGCCACGAUCUGGUUACCGACCGGACAACUGUUCAGACCGGUGGCACGCUCCUGCACGAGGGAGCUAGGAAUAAAGAUGCGCAGCUCAUUGAAAUUCUAUUGACGCAUGGCGCGGAUCCUUUCCGACGUGAUAAAAAGGGAAAGCUGCCGCAGGAUGUUACUAAAGAUGAUAAGAUCCGGGCUCUCCUGAAGAGAUCCCCGGCUGCCGCCAUUGCGCAGCGCGGGAUCCAGGAGAGGGCUAUUCUCGGAAAUAGUAAUGCUCAGGGACUAGCUGGGCGCGUUUCCGUUGGCGAUGCCCCGCUCGCAGGAAAAGAUGCCCGCGAGAUGAGGGGUUAUCUCAAGAAGUGGACUAAUUAUACUACUGGAUAUAAGCUGCGUUGGUUUGUUCUGGAGGAUGGAGUUCUGAGUUAUUAUAAGCAUCAAGAUGAUGCGGGCUCUGCCUGUCGCGGUGCAAUUAACAUGAAGAUUGCCAGGCUUAACAUGGAUGCGCAGGACAAGACGCGCUUUGAAAUCCACGGAAAAUCAUCAGUCAAGUAUCAUCUCAAGGCCAAUCAUGUGGUGGAGGCAAAACGCUGGUUCUGGUCCCUCAACAACGCCAUCCAGUGGGCCAAAGAUGAAGCAAAGGAGGAGGAACGACAGCGAACCAAGAAUGCAGAGGUGCUUCGCCAGGCUAAGAUUGAUCAAACGGAAGGCCGCGCUACGGAUACCCCGUCUGAGUCCGGACUUUCCCACAAGCCCAGCGUCAAGGGCUUGGCUCCUCCGUCUCUAGGGGGUGGCAGCAGCAGUGGCACAAGACUCAGCACAUAUGCAUCCCGUACCACUCUGGAUAUUCCGGCUGGAGACGAAGAUAGCUCCAUCUACGGAGGUUCCUUUGAUCACAGCAACGCCCCCAACGAUAUGAACAGAGUAAUUAGCCAUGUAACAACCGCACCGGACGGAGAGGGCGAGGAUGAAGAAUUUGUCGACUAUGGUUCGAGCCACGAGAAUGAGUUGCCGGCUGCCGAUAAGGAUGCUCUCAAUAUCACUGCGCAAUCCGCGAAGCUUCAGUUGGAUCUUCUUGCAAAUGUGGCCGCUUCGCUGCAAACUGAGAAGUCCAGGAAUCCAGAAAUGACUAUUACGGAUCCAGCCCUCGAACAGGCUCUCAGUGCCUAUGAAGCUGCAGUCAGCAGCCUAAAGGGCUUGGUGCAAAAUCUACUCAAGAUCUCACGGGACCGAGACUCCUAUUGGCAGUCUCGUCUCAGCAGAGAAGAGGCUAUCCGUCAAAUGUGGGAAGAGAGCAUGGCCCGCGUGGCUCGAGAGCAUGAAGAACUUCAAUCUAAGAUGGGCGAGUCUGAGGAGAAGCGGAAGCGGACCAAGCGCGCACUAAAAGAAGCCCUGGAGAGUGCAACAGGCAGUAACCGUUCUCUUGACAAUAUGCCAUCCCGUUUGGCGACAGAGAACCAAAGUCUCGAGGCCAGCGAAAGUGACGCAGUCAUUUUUGAGAUGACCGACGAGGCAGGCCAGCCUGCCAAACAGCCACUCAUAAAGCCCGCCCUCAGUCGCAAUCCAUCUGCCUACUCCAAACUCAGCAGCCUCUAUGAUUCAGAGUCUGACGGAGAGGAGUUCUUUGAUGCUAUAGAUGCGGGUGAGAUCGAGGUUGAGGAUUUCAAUACUGCCGACGAGAACAAGAUGGAAGAGCCCAAGGAUGAAACUGCUGAGCUGCGGGCUGUGAAGACUACCGUCAUUGCACCUUCCUUCAGGGGCUACGAAGAGCCAGUAAGACAGCGACUCAAGAUGGACGCCGAUGACCGUCCGAAGAUUUCUUUGUGGGGUAUUCUGAAAUCUAUGAUUGGAAAGGAUAUGACGAAGAUGACGCUGCCGGUGUCCUUUAACGAGCCGACCUCACUGCUUCAGCGAGUAGCUGAGGAUCUUGAGUACACCGACCUCCUUGACAUUGCUGCUGAUCGGGCUGAUUCAAUGGAGCGCCUGGUUUAUGUCGCCUCAUAUGCCGCAAGUGAGUAUGCCUCAACUAUCGGCCGUGUUGCAAAGCCCUUUAACCCUCUUCUGGGUGAAACCUUCGAGUAUGUACGUCCAGACAAGGGCUAUCGAUUCUUCGUGGAGCAAGUCAGCCACCACCCACCGAUUGGUGCUGCGUGGGCUGAGUCGCCCAAAUGGGACUACUGGGGUGAAUCUUCUCUGAAGUCCAAGUUUUACGGAAAAUCGUUUGAUAUCAACCUGCUAGGCACAUGGUUCCUGAAGCUGCGCCCUUCCUCCGGCGGAGAGGAACUCUACACCUGGAAGAAGGUGACCUCGUCGGUCAUCGGCAUCAUCACGGGUAAUCCCACUGUUGAUAACUACGGUCUGAUGGAAAUCAAGAACUGGACGACCGGUGAAGUCUGCUAUCUCGAUUUCAAGCCCCGUGGCUGGAAGGCUUCGUCAGCCUACCAAGUGACAGGAAAGGUCGUCGACAGCGAAGGCUCCCCCAAGUGGAGCAUUGGUGGCCGCUGGAACGACAAGAUCUACGCUCGCCACACCCCAGGUUUCGAGGCGCCUGUCUCUGGUCAGGACCCCGAAUCUGCCAAGACCUUCUUGGUCUGGCAGGCCAAUGCUCGUCCUACGGGCAUACCUUUCAACUUGACACCGUUCGUCAUCACGCUUAAUGCGCUUCCCGAGGGCUUGAAGGACUGGCUUCCUCCCACGGAUACCAGAUUGCGACCUGAUCAGCGUGCCAUGGAAGAUGGUGAAUAUACUCUGGCCGCUGAUGAGAAGCACCGAGUGGAAGAGAAGCAGCGUGCUAAGCGCAGAGAACGCGAUACCAACGGCGAGGUCUACGCGCCGCAAUGGUUCACCCGUGACAAGUGCCCUGUCACCGGAGAGGAAUUCUGGGCUCAUAAUGGGAAAUAUUGGGAGUCCAGAGAUUCGCAGGAUUGGAGUAGAUCCGAGGAUAUCUUCUGA